CGCGUUAGUUCGAAGGGCUCGCUCGAAUUCGGAGUCGGUUCUUCCAUCAAAAGGGAAUGAAAUUCCGUUGUAUUGCUAAACAAUAAAUUCCAGUAAAUCGUGUAGAUCAAAGUAUUGAUCAAAAAUCUAAAAUAUAGAAAAAGAAGACUCGAUGCUCGCUGAAUCAACUGAGUUUUUUUAUGGGAGUGCGAAUACGUGACAAUUUUUUUCUAUAAAUGCUACAUUUUUAGGUUAGGUUUUACAGUCGCGCAAACAUGGCGGACAAGGCGAUGAUGAAGCAAAUCGCCGAGCAGAAGCUCAAGGCGUUCUCCAUCGGGACAAUGGGAAAAAGGCCGCACAGUAAAAAAGAACUCGAAGAGCAACGCAAAAAAGAACAAGAACAAGCCGCUGCAGAGGCAUACGAAGAAUUCGUAGUCACUUUUCAAGAAACUCCCAAUAAAACUACCAGCAAAGUUUGGGUCAAAGCCGGAACCUACGACGCUGGCAAAAGACAGGAAGAUACCCGAGAAAAAGGGAAACUUUACAAGCCACAGUCAAAAAUCUCGGAAUUAGUGGACAGCAGAUCAUCGGCGGAGCAAGCUCAAGAAUAUGCAAAAUUGCUUGGCACCAAUGAGCGCAAGCUGGACAGGCUUGGAAAAAAGAAAAAAGAGGGUGAAAAGAAGAAGAGCAAUCUGGAAUUGUUCAAAGAAGAAUUGAAAAUGAUUCAGGAAGAGCGUGAAGAAAGACACAAGUACAAAGGUGUCGUUAAAACUGUUCUUUCUACAAACACCGAAGACCCGAUGAUGGCGGCAAUGAAAUCUGUCGAAGUGGACACGUCGAUCGAUCGUUGUUUGUUUUUGUCCUCAGACGGUUCGUUCGACAAUGGCGAUCCAAACACGACGAAUCUUUACCUGGGAAAUCUCAAUCCAAAGAUUACGGAACAACAAUUGAUGGAAAUAUUUGGUAAAUAUGGUCCCCUCGCCAGUAUCAAAAUAAUGUGGCCCAGAAGCGACGAGGAAAAAGCCAGACAAAGAAAUUGCGGAUUCGUUGCAUUCAUGAGUCGAAAGGACGGGGAGAGGGCUCUGAAAAACUUGAACGGACGUGACAUAAUGCAGUACGAGAUGAAAUUAGGAUGGGGCAAGAGCGUUCCAAUACCGCCAUAUCCAAUUUACAUCCCCCCGGCAUUAAUGGAGAUAACGCAGCCUCCUCCUCCGUCGGGUCUUCCAUUCAAUGCGCAGCCUCACCGUCGGGACAGACAUAAGAUACCACGUAUCCGCAACCUCCAGAGCGCGGACCCCCAGGAAAAGGAAAACUUUGAAAAGAUUUUGCAGAACGCUGUUGUCAAAGUCGUUAUUCCAACGGAAAGGAACUUAGUCAUGUUGAUACAUAGAAUGGUGGAAUUUGUCAUUCGGGAAGGCCCCAUGUUCGAAGCCAUGAUCAUGAAUCGUGAACUCAACAAUCCAAUGUUUAGAUUUUUAUUCGAAAAUUACUCACCCGCUCACACGUACUAUCGCUGGAAAUUGUACUCGAUUUUACAAGGAGACGGACAGAAGGAAUGGCACACCGACGAAUUUCGAAUGUUCAAAGGAGGCAGCGUCUGGAGACCGCCACCGGUCAAUCCUUGGACUCAGGGAAUGCCUGAUGAGCUCAUCGAAAUGGAGGAGCGACAGGAACCGAGGAGAGGAAGCUUGUCCAAUAGUCAAAGAGACAGACUGGAAGAUUUAUUGCGAAACAUAACUCCGGAGCGAAUAAGAGUCGCGGAGGCGAUGGUUUUCUGCAUCGAGCACGCCGAAGCAGCUGAGGAAAUUUGCGACUGCAUCGGAGAGUCUCUGUCCAUCCUCCAAACUCCUGCCAGCAAAAAAAUCGCUCGUCUCUAUCUCAUAUCCGAUAUUCUCCACAACUGCGGUGUCAAAGUAACGAACGCGACGAUUUACAGAAAAGCGUUCGAGUGUCGCCUGCUCGAGAUCUUCAACGAGGUGCAUUCGGCUUACAAACAGUUCGACAGCAGACUCAAAGCCGAAGGUUUCAAAGUUCGGGUCAUGAGAAUGUUUCGAGCCUGGGAAGACUGGGCCGUUUAUCCCCGAGAAUUUUUAGUUCGAUUGCAAAACGCCUUCCUCGGUUUGGUCACCGUCGAAGAGCCCGAACCAGAAAACGACGAGGACAUUGACGGUGCCCCACUGUCGGACGCUGAUGGCGAAGGCGGCGAGGAUCUCGACGGUGUGCCUCUUGACGGAGCGGCUCUUCUCAAGGGUGCUUUAAAAUUGGGAUUGACGCCUCAGCCUGUGACGAAUUACGACGACAUUGACGGCGUGCCAAUGGACGAGGACAUCGACGGCGUGCCAAUGGACGACGAAGAGGACCGCACGAAUUCGCGGUCGAAGGACGACGAUAAGAAGCCAGUAAUGCCAGCGGGCUUCGUCCCCUCGCGAUGGGAAACCGUCGACCCUGAUCAGGUCGAGGCACAAGCCAUGACGACCAGUAAAUGGGAGGAAUUGGAGCAAAAUGACGACUCGAAUUCGCAGGAUGCGAGCAUGGACUCGACCAGUCGUGAUUACAACGAGGAAAGACGCAAUCGCUUGAGGGAAAUCGAAGUUAAAACCGUUCAGUAUCAGGACGAACUCGAGAGCGGCAGAAGAUCCCUCAAACCUGGAAUGACGAUGCAGAGCCAAGUCGAACAUUACAGAAAAAAACUCAUUAGAAAAUACGCCCUGCAAAGCGACAAAGAUUCGCGAGCCGAAGAUCGCGAGGACGAAAGAAGAAGGGAAAAGAAACGUAGCACGAGUCCUGAAUCGCCUGGCAAUCAUUAUCGCGAUAGACGAAGAAAUUCUCCGGCUUCCCCUUCAAAAAGCACUACGAGAUACAGGUCACGAAGUAGAUCGCCGCGCAGCAAGCGUCGUUCGCGAUCACCGUACAAGAAACGAGCGCCGGUGACGCCAUCACCGCCGCGGAUUCGCCGGACGCCUUCACCAGUGUUUUCCUCGUCCUCGAGGCUCUCGAGGAGAUCGUCGCCAGGGAGCGAUCGGGGGGAUCGCAAGCGGCAACGCGGCCGUUCGCCGUCUCUCUCGCCGCCGCCGCCUCCGAGCUCGCGAGCAUCCGGGAAGCACCGGGCGAGCAGUCCGCCCUCUCCGACGCCACGUAAACAUCGACAUAAACACAAAUACUGAAGUAAAAGAUUUCGAAAAAGUGGAAAAACCACCGAAACUUGUGAAAAGGUGAAAAAACAAAAACUCCAUUUCUUCAGCUCUUUUUUCUACAUAAAACUUCGACCGAAAUCGUCGUUCGGUCACGAGAAACUACGAAUUCACAUUCUCAGCUUAGGUCAAUCAAUUUUUAUGAGAAUGCGCUUUUUCAAUCUCCUUGAUUAUUUUUUUUGCCGCUAAGACUCAAUGACCGAUCACGGUCGUUUGUAAAUAGUUUCCAGCUACGCGUGAGCGUCUCUAUCGAUAAUUCAUUUGAAUAAAUCAAAUAAAAACCAUUUGAAUAUUUAAAAAAUUGAGGAUUUUCAACGAUAUAAAUCAUUUCAAGCGAACACCGAAAUUCUCGAUCUCCAACUCUUCCAGUUCUGCAUAUUCCAGUCAAAAGUUCGUCCGUCGUAACACUCUUCCAUCGAAAAUGAAAACUGACAAAUUUUACAGUCUUUUUCUCACCGAGUUGUCACACUUUUUCAAUUUCGAUGAAAGUGACAAAAUAAUGAGAAAUUUUUGUGUUUUUCUCGGUCUCUCUGGGCUUUUAUCUUUGCCCCAUUUUUAUUGAUCGAGGCCACCAAGCGUCGAUGUAACGACGAUUUUUAUAUUACAAAUUCAUUGACAUUUCACGAAGUUAAUUCAUUAUUUGUGAGUAUUUAAACUUAAGUCGAUUUUAAAUAAACAAUAAAACCCAA